GUGUCAUCUGCUGCUUCCUCCUCUGUUGUGAACACGUCGUCAUCUUCGUCUUCGUUCGAUGCAGCCCAAUACCUCCCUCGCCGGACAGGCACGCUUGGUGAUGGCUCUUCUGAACGGAGCCUCUUCGGCUUGGGGACAUGCCGCCGACCCCCUGCCCGCCCCUGGGUGUCAGCAGGGACGUUCUCCCGCUUCUUGCCACGGUUGACGCCUCGCGUAGACAUGAUUCCCGUGCACUAGUGUCGCAGUGGUUGGCGAGAGCGCUCCGCGGCGAGAACAAGAUCUUCGGUGGUGAAAGACGCCGCACCUUCGAACGAUGUAGAGUUGUCCACGACGAUAAGUACAAUCUGCUUCGUGUGGACGUCCUUGUGCUUGACAGACGAUCGUCGGGCGCGAUCGACGACGACAGUGCAGAAGCCCCACUCGUGGAGCGCGAAGACAGGGGCAACCAUGCGAUGGCUGCGCGGUUGAGAUUGCUUCGACAUCCUCAUAUCUUGACACUGCUUGGUGUCUGUUAUGAAGAGAGCUAUCUGGUUUACGAGAAUAUGGCACGAGGAACUGUGAAAGAUUGGAUCUCAUGUGCUAGACAAAGCACAUGGUAUGCUCGCUUCCGCGUAAUGGCAGAGGUUGCAAGAGCAUUGUGCUUCCUCCAUUCAGAUCCGCUGGGGACUGGUGGUCCCAUCAUCCACUCUGCCAUCAGACCAACAACCAUCUUUCUGGAUGACAAAUUUGUUGCAAAGCUCGGUGGUGUUGAUCGUGCUCUGCUUGACUCAGAGCCUCGCGAAGGAGUUGAGAAAACACUUAGGACCUCACAGCUUUUCACACAACAAAACUCUCACUAUGUCGCUCCAGAGUCCUGGCAGUUCCGAGUUUUCAGUGAGAAGACCGAUGUCUUUGCCUUUGGCAUCACUCUUUUGGAGAUGCUGACUGGAAAUUUCACAAAUGCAUUUGAAGUCGUUGAGGAUGCCAUUGAAGAUGACAAUGCUUUUGAGAAUGCUCUGGAUCCCAAUGCAGGCUGUUGGGAUAUUGACCUGGCUCGUAGAGUGGCACGUUUGGGUUUGUGUUGCACCAGCUACAACAGACGGAAGCGGCCGGACAUGGCAGCACCCCACACGGGCAUUCUAGCUAUACUGGAGGAAGUUGCAGGCAAGGUAGAGCUUGCAGUGUCCACGGGGAACGAGUAGACUGUUUGGGGACCGGUGUGUCUGUCAGAAAGUUAACAUAAUAGUUGCAGGCCUAGUGACAAUACAGCCAGUGGAGGUCAUAGUAAAGUUCUCUUGUUUUG